GUUUAUCUUCCUCUACACUCUCUCUCCCCUUCAUCUCACCUCCAACUAGUCAGUGUUCUGUCUCUCUGUCCUGCUCUGUCUCUCUCUCUCUUUUUCCCUCUCUGUCUGUCUCAUUCUCUCUCUCUUUUUGGUGUGCUCAAGCUCCAGUUUGGUUUACUGUCUGUCUGUGCGUUGCCGGUCUCGUUCCUCUGCGGACCUGAACCUCCAGCUGAACCUGGGACUCCAGCUCACUCUACAGCAGUUGUAGAAAUGGCGAUGAACAGCAUCCUCAACCCUGAUGACAUUAAGAAAGCACUGGAUGCAUUUAAAGCCGUCGGCUCAUUCGACCACAAGAGGUUUUUUGAGAUUGUCGGACUGAAGGCGAAGUCGGCUGAUGAGGUGAAGAAGGCUUUCCAUGUUCUGGACGCCGACAAUAGCGGCUUUAUAGAGGAAGAGGAACUUAAGUUUGUUCUGAAGGGGUUUGCUACAGACGGGAGAGACCUGACCGAUAAGGAGACCAAAGCAUUCCUGCAGGCUGCGGACAAAGAUGGAGAUGGAAAGAUUGGAGCAGAAGAGUUUGCUGCUCUGGUUCGUGAAUAAGUGAUACAGACUCUUGGCCUGUUCAUACCUCAUGACCCCUUGACCUCGACCUCAGCCUAAAAUGCCCCUGAAGCACAGACGCACAUACACACUCACUUAAGCCCUGGGUAUACUUCGUUUUCCGUGU